GAUGACAUGAAAAACAAUAGAGGAGUUUAUUGUUAGCCAGUCACGCCGGAGGGGAAAAUACGUGAAAUAUAAUACUUUAUUUCAUAACAGCUAGAGAUCCAUCGAGAUGGCAUGAUAAAACAAAGAACGGACUGUAAUCUGAUUUGACAGUCAAAUUAAAGUAUCGCUGGAGCCAUUUUUGUUUGCAUGUCCGCUAUAAACCCUGGUGUGAAAACUGGCUUUCUCACUGGACGGCUGUUGUUUUUGGCCAUUUUGCUGCUGUGAAGGUUCACUGAUGUGCAUGAAGAAAACACAGGGUCAAGAUGUGGGUCUUCAUAUUUCUCUACAUACUGAGUCUAAACAGUCAGGCCUCUGCAACAAAGAACUCAACGCAGAUAUAUUACGCUAAACUGAUAAUAGACAGAAGUGCAAUUGAAAUAAUCAGUUCGAACCUGAGCUUUUAUGUGAAAGACAACAACGUGAGCAUCGACAACGUUAGAAUGACAACAAAAUGUGACAAAAACAACGGUAGUAAAACAUGUAGAUGCGAACAUGGCCACAAAUGGAGUGAUGAAGUUCUUCUCAAAGAGGGUUGUGAUGGGAAUAACUGUACCCUCAAGGCUGACUCUAAUUCAAUGUGCACUUUAAACACUACAGUUGAUAUCACGGGGAGAUUCAAACUGGACGGAAAUAACUAUACUGAUUGUCUGACAGAUAAGGCCUCAUCCAAAUAUAUUACCUGUCAUGCACUUCUGUUAAAACAGAUGAAAACCUUAUACAGUAAAAUAAGAGGAUUUGACAGUCUGGCAAUAAUACAAUUCAGUCUCGGGAGCAUUAUUGUUGAUUUUACAAUGAAGAUCGUCUCUGACGUUAGUUCGGGAGAACUGUUUAGUAAAUCUACAAACCUGACAGAAACUCUAAGAGGCAGUAUGACUUUGGAGACAAAAGGCAUUGUCAAUUUGGAAGUAUCAAAGGCAUCAGUGCCGUAUGACAACGAAACUGUUGUUACUUGUAAAACUGAGAGAGAGCUUAAAGCCCAACCACAGUGGAACCUGAAUAGAAAAGAUGGAUCGUUUCUCAUAACUAAUGGCAGCAUCUCAACAGUACAAAUUAAAGAAAAAGAAAGUUCAGUCACGAUUCAACAUGUUAACGAACUCUGGCAAGGAGAGUACGUAUGUCUUUUUGUUGAAAAAGAAGGUCAAAUAACCAUAAACCAUAAAGCCAAUGAUACAAUGGAUGUAUGCCUCAAACCAAAGAUCGACAUUUCCGCAGAUCCGGCAUUUCCCUUGUGUAAGACAGAAGAUAGUGUUCUUUAUGUGAUCGUGAAAUGUGAGAUAAAGAAUACCACCGAAAAAUACAAUGUGAGCUGGCAAGAAGGUGCCAUUGUAUUACCCAUGACUACAGACAAAGACAAACUGAUUUAUUCAGCUAAAAUAAUAGUUAACUGUAAGAAAGACCAGGGGAAUUCUUCUUCAGGUUCUCCAAAGGCAUAUUGCGACUUUACUAAUGAGUGCAACCAAGUCAAAAAGGAACCUUUGACGGUCGAAGUCAUUUAUUCUCAGGAUCAAUAUUGUUCAGCAGAAGGUGAAUGGGGAAACACCAAGGCCAACUUUACUGCAGAAAUAAAAUGCCAGGAUAAAGCUGGAACAAGAGAGCGAAAGUGUUCACCUGGGGUAAAAGGCCGGGAAGGGAUAUGGGGUGACGAGGUUUCAAAAUGUGUUGAACAGGACCUCGCUAAUGUGCUGGAAAGUGCUACAAUUAGUGACAUUGGACUUGGUAUACUGGCUACAAAUGCUGCAAUAGUAUUUGAACGCUUUGUGAAUGUCACAAAGACAUCAAAAUUACCUGGUUAUGCUAACAUAAAUACAUCGGUCGCAGUACUUAGCACCAUGGAUAGAAAGUUAAAUGGCAGUGUUUUUACAAAUGAGACAGCAAUAGAAAAUUUUCUAUUCUCAUCCAGUCAUUUGCUGAAUAAAAGUCUUGAAGACUCGUGGAAUAAAGAUAACACUGACAACACUUCAAUGGCUGAGAAAUUCAUGCUUUCUGUUGAGAAUUUAAUUAAAAUAUCAAAUAUGACAGUGGGGACUAGCAAAGAAAAUCUGCAAGUGGAUGUGUGCAAUAGCACCAACUGCAACAUCACCGUUUUCAAUGUUUCAGUUUUUCUUCCAGGUGGAGUGAAUGUGAAAACAGCUGCAUUCAAACAACUGGAUAAAUAUUUGCCCAAUCUUGACAAUAAAUCAGAGGUCAACAGUAUCAUUGUAUCCACAACUGCAGAUAGCUAUAGUGACAUUACCCUAGACUUUGAAAUGAUCAAGCCAAGACCUCGUAAUGUUGAGCUAAAAUGUGUGUUUUGGGACAAUAAAAAACAUGUGUUUUCAUCAGACGGAUGUAAAUGGGCGGGUCCCUCUAAGGAGGGCCGCUGCACAUGUGAUCAUCUUUCCUCGUUUGCAUUGCUACUGUCCAAGGAGCCCCUGGACGUCCCUGGUUUGACUUAUCUAACUUAUGCAGCUCUGUCAUUAUCAGUGUUGUCACUCAUUGUCACUCUUGUAAUAGAACUGAUAGUCUGGAGCGAUGUAGUCAAGACGAGUACACUAUAUUUACGUCACACUGCCCAUGUGAACAUUUGUCUGUGCUUGCUGAUCGGUAACCUCUGCUUUUUGGCAUCUUCUUCCAACCCAGAGAAUAUUUCAGACCUCUGGUGUCGAACCUCUGCGGUGCUGAAGCAUUUCUGCUAUCUGGCUAUGUUCUUUUGGACGUUUUGUUUGAGCGCCACACUUCUUCAUCAGGCAGUGUUUUUGUUCCACAAAGUGAGCAAGGCAAACUAUCUGAGGUUCUCGUUGGUUGUAGGCUACGCCAUCCCCUUGAUCAUAGUCUUUGUCACAUUUCUUACCUGCAACGGUGGAGCUGAGGGGGUAUAUUACUUGGAGAAGACCUGCUGGCUGGUUUAUGGCGGACUGUUUAAAGGCACUUUUUAUACGUUUAUCAUUCCAGUUGGAGCAAUUGUUUUCAUUAAUGUGUUCUCAAUGCUUGUGGUCAUCAUGAAGCUCAUAAGCCACCACUCAGAAAUACACCAAAAAACUGACAUCUCACCAGAAAAGGAGAAAGCAGCAGCCAAAACUGUUGUGAGAUCCAUUAUCCUACUGACCCCGAUUUUUGGUGUGACGUGGAUCUUUGGAUUUGCCAUUUUGAUUUUUGAUCUCACAAGCGGACCCGCAGCAUAUGCAUUCGAAUACAUCUUCACCGUACUCAAUGGAUUCCAGGGCUUCUUCAUUUUGUUGACCACAUGCUUCUUAGACAGAAUGACUCGUGAGGCUCUACUGAAACACAUUAAGAAGAAAGCUCCAGCAUCUAGUGUCAGUGAAAGCACCUCAAAGUCAGAGUCAACAUGGAAGAAAUGAAACCAUUUUCAUCAACAUGUAAAACUAGUAUCACUACUAUCACAUUUAUGUGCCAUUGAAAAUAAAUGUACAGUGUGCAUUCACUUUUUACUGAAGCCAAGAGUGGAUGUUUUCCGCGUGUACUUUUUUCCCAAACGUUUUCUCGAGAUAACCAGUUAAUGUUCCAUUUCCUGGAAAUAACAAUAUACUGUAAUUUCCCAUUGGUUUUCUGGAGAUAGAGUUAAUUUCCUGAUGAUUUUCUUGAAACCAGUUCAUUUCAUCAAUGGUUCUCUCAAGACGAAUUCAUUUCCUGAUGGUUUUCAUGGGAUAACAAGUUAAUCUCAAUAAAACAAACUUUGCUUGUGCCGUUGUGCAAAUACAUGUGGCAUGUAUUUGAAGGAUGGAAUCAGGUUUAACACACACCAGUCAUCUUGUGAUCAUCUCGAGAUCAUGAGAUGAUUGGAUCAGAAAUGGUUUUCUCGAGAAAACCACUGGGAGAAAGCACAUGCUGAAAACGUUCACUCUCGACUUCCAUAUCUUUUUAAUGUGAUUGUUUAUUAAUAUUAUUAGUAAAAUUAUAAGUGUAUAGUUAAUUAUUUUUAGCCUCUUUGUGUUACCUUUUGCAUGAACUUGUUCUGUAUGCACCUUUAGGAUUUAAUGAGUUAACUCAGCUUACACAAAUACCAGCUGUGAUCAGAGUCACAUUGAAUUAUUCAAGUUUUAGUUGGUAUAUUU